AUGGAUGUUGGAAUUACCGUACGAGUCUUUGGACCAUCAAAGAUUUUACAGUCAGACAACGGACGGGAGUUUGUUGCUCACGUAAUUUAUGAUUUGAAAACAACAUGGACGGAUUUGAUUAUUAUAAAUGGGCGUCCCCGACAUCCUCAGUCACAGGGCUUGGUUGAGCGUGAUAAUGCGGUCGUUCAGAAGCUUCUUGGUAAAUUUUUAGAUUCCAAUCAAACGGCAGACUGGCCUGAUGGACUAGAUCCGGUGAUGCUGGCUAUUAAUACCAGUAUCGCAAAAACUACGAAAAAGACACCAUUUGAGAUGGUAUUCGGUCAGCAACCUCGGUCUGACGAAGAUUUUUGGAAACGUAUCCAACAAAAAAUGAAAAAGAAUGAUGAUAAUAAUUCGGCUAUAUCUGAUAUUGAAAAAGGUAUUAUGUUAGAAGAAAAUUUGCCACUAGAUGUAGCAACAUUAUUUGAAGAAUUUAAUAAAACAGUCUCACAAUCGGAUACUGAUAAUGAUGACUUAUUGUACAAUCAUAAUAAAUCUGAUAAUGAAGAAGAUAAUGAUAAUAAUAAUUCAAUAAUAAAUUAUCCAAUUAAUGAUAGAAUACAAAAUUCACACCAAAAUGCAAUUGUUGAUGCUGAAGAGAACAUGAAUAACAAUGAUGACCCGAAUACAUGGUUAAAUUCAAUAAUAGACUCAUCCGAUAAGGACACAGUCAUUCAAUAUGACGAAGAUUCGAGCAGUUUUGAGCCAUCCACUAGUGCAAGCUCAAGUGCUAUCCGUGAUCUUAGUACUUGUAAUCCAGUAUACGAUCAUCAUCAUAAGAAACUCGAGAAGAAGGUGAAAAGUCUUAUCUCUGUAAUGCUCAGUCACCAUUACUGA